AUGGGCGAUGUAUUCUGGGGAGAAAUCGAAGAGGUGCCCGAGAAUAUAUGCGGUGUGAUCGAUUACGACAAACAUGCUUAUUUCAUAACGGGCACUGAGGAUGAUUCGGUGGUUCGUGAGUAUACAAUGCACACGAUUUAUGACGAUAAAGCUCCAGAUACGAGUACACAUUUGUUUAUGGCCCGUGCCGAAGUGCAAGAUCAUAAAAAUACGGCAGUGCAUCGAACAAUCAGAGUUCUUCUGGAAACCAAAGGACGAUCUGUUCAUUUCCCGAAAUUGGUCGCUUUCGGACGAGUUAAAAGGGUUGCUUUAUCGUUGAUAUACGGUGAGAAUGGUGACCAAGAACCAGAACGUGAUCCGGAAUGGACAGCACGUCCUUGUGCCAUUUUGCAGUAUGAUGCAACGUUGAUGAGUUCAUUGCUGUCACUCUCGCGCUCCGGUACGAUACCAAUGGAGAUGAGUCUGGUGAUUGGUUUGGGAUGUGUUCGAGCGUUGGCAUCGCUGCAUCGUUGUGGCUAUAUUCAUCGUCUUGUCUCACCGCACUCGUUCUCGUUUCCAAACCCGCUGUCGUAUGAUUCGCUCGAGGGACGAGUCGUUAUCACAGAUCUUAGUGCAGUGCUACCGUAUCCGUGUAAACCCAGACAAUACGUUCCAUUCGUUGGCACACUUCGCUACAGUUCGGUGCGUGCACAUCGAGGCAGAGAGCAGGGGCCAAGCGACGACAUAAUUUCAGUGAUCUACAUGAUAGCCGAAAUGAUCUCGGGCCGUUUACCGUGGCGAUCGGUAUUCAGUGAAGAGCGUGUCUGUGAGAUGAAAUGCGCAUUUUAUAUGGCCCGAGAAUUUAAACGACUUCCACGAGAGAUUCGCUCCCUUUACAGGAUAAUGUAUUUGACGAUUUCACCAACACCGCUCGACUACAAAUAUGUCGUUGAUCAAUUUCAAAACGCCAUACAACGUCGUUUCCCGGAACAGAAGCGAGAGCUUCCCGACUGGGCAGCUAUUCCAUUGGCCGAGGAGUAG